AAAUUAUUCAUGAACGGAUCAAAGACAUGUGUGACGUCGACCUUACUGCCGGUGUACGAGAGUUAUUCCGCACGCUGUGGCGAUAUUGAGGAAGAUGGAGCGAACGCGAUGCGCUCGUGCAGCUAUAACGAGUACGGAGGAAUGAGCUCGUGCACUUUUAUCCGCUCGAACAUGGACGUGUACAACCAGAUGUUGGGUGUGGACGAGGUUUCCAGGCUUAUGGGUCUUGGAAACGCAAGGCUGCUGGCUCGUAUAUUUGUGGAUGGUGCGCGGUGUGGGGCGACCGUAGCUUCUGAACGGUUUUUGCUCCUAGGCGGAACCAUCAACAACUUCCUCGGGAGCGUAUGGGAGAGCGCCGGGGAUUUCGCGGACGGCGUCUCCAGCUGGUGGGGCAACUUGUAGCUGGAAGCCUCAUUUAUUAUUUAUCGACUGUGAAAGGCUUUAUGCAGGAACUCAUUUAUAACCUUAUAACAUCUGAGCAUGUUUUGUUUUUAUUUAAAGUGAAGUGUCCUUAUCAAAGCUUCGAACCAUCACACCUUAUUUGUUUCUCCAUAUUACUAUUCAAUAUGUUCAAUUGUUUUAGUGUAUGCCAUUUCAGAACUCUUGACGGAAAUUGUCCAGAAUGUGUUUCAUUUAAUUGAGUAGCAGAGAAACAUCACACUGCACUCAGUCUUUUGUAAUAUCUUAUUGAUAUUUGAGAAAUUAAGGAAAUGUAAACAAAAACACAUAUCAAGGACAAGACUCAGUUCUGAACUAGAUAAAAUGAAUCCUCCCUUAGCACAAAAUACUUAAUACAUACUAAAAAGGUUUGUAAAAAGAGCAUCGAAAGUAUUUUUACAGAAUACAGAGUGACAAUAAAAAUAUAGAAACUA